AUGCUCGUAUGCCUAGCCUGGCUCUCUGGGAACAUCCUCCUUGUGACAUCUUUUGCGAUAUUCUAUACACUUCAGUGUGACUGCGACGAACGUGGCAUUAUCAGCCCGUACAAGGAGAGCGAAGAACGCGCGCGCCUACACCAAUAUGACCAAAAUCCGCAAACCGUACAAAGGCGCACACGUAGUGAAGCAUAUCGUGCACACUUGCACGAACGAUUUAUGGUCCUCGCACUCAACUAUGGCCUUGCGGCAGUCAUAUCUGUGAUCUCGUCGGUGUACCUGACCAAGGGCAUGCAUCUGCACGCAUCCAUCGUGCUCCUCAGCUCAGCAAUGUGGUUACUAGUCGCCGUCAUCGCGUCGUUGAUGGUGUUUGCGAUUAGUUACUCGAUCCGCUGUGACUGUCAAGAGCGUGGUAUCAUGAGCCCAUACACUCGCGCUACAGGUGCACUCUUCCACGUCAAUGAGGGAGCCAUCAACAUCUUCAUUCGAGGACCAUGGACAGGGCUGCACUACAACAACACCGUCGGAGAUAUCCUACAGUGUCUCCGCUUUCAACGUCGCAUCGCCGAUCUUGAAAGGUUUCGCCCCGUUGUAUCUGCUAUGGGCCGGUUUUGCCACUCGACGGAGACUCUCCAUGACCUACAGGCCGUCAACAAUAUGUGCUUCUAUGUUAACUACCAGUUGCUCGGAGGCGCGGUCCGCGUACGUCGGGAUCCUCCGGAGCGUCCUUCAAGAUCCGCAACCUCUUUUACCCGUGCUCACGUUCUGAAGACGGAUCGUCCAGAGUUCUAUUACCCGGUCGAGGGCUCUGAUGGUGACUGGUACUGCAGACAGUGCAAAGUGGUGGUCAAGGAUGCGAAACGUAGUAUACCAAAUCACGAACAAACAGCCACCCAUCGCGAAGCACUUCGGCGUCAUCAGAAGUCGUCGCUAGGUGCUGCUCAGGCGAUUGCGGCUUCCGAAUCGUCUACCACGAGCAUGGCACCAGGACCUGAAGACGCCGUCUUACACGCACUGAAUGUCCUCAGCAGGUCGAGUGCCGAGAGGUUUGAGCGAGACUAUGGUGCCCCGAUACCUCCCCCAUUCAAUGAGAACAUGGACGUUGAUGGAGGCUUGCCAACUUCAGGGAUGGCCGCGGAGCCUGGCAACGACAUUGGUCUCUUCGUAGACGACUUGCGCGGCUUGUGGCAGCUCAGCGACCCUGCCGCGCUCGAUGCUGUGAGCGAUGUUGAUAGCAGCGAUGAUAGCAGUGAUAGCGAUAGCGAGGAUGAUGGCGAUGAUAGUGAUUCGGAUGUGGGUGACGUCGAGAGGGAGGAUGAGGAGAGCGAUAGUGAUAGUGAUGAUGAGUUGGAUGGUGAAGGGGACACUCCCUCCCUACAUAACAAUGUACGCAAGCGCCGCCAGGCAUUCGGUGACGAGCAGAACCCGUGGUAUCCUUGGCCUGAUCGACAAACGUGUGUUCUCGACAUACUGCGGCACGUACCGCGAAGUGCCUUCUCGGACAAGCAGAACCAAGUGAUACACUGGGCUCUGAGCGUCAUGGGUGUCGCAGAUGUUCCAUCGGAUCGGUCCAUGAAAGAUAUCACGCGCGUUCUUCAGCGCCUCGGUGGUGUGCGGACAUUGCGUUUCGAGGGUGCUCUCGGCCAUGUCUACUACACUAAUGAGCUCUCUGCUAUCAUUUCUCAAGAGAUGGCCAACCCGGAAGUGCGCUCAAACCUACGGUUCAUGCCCGAACAGACGACGGGGAGUCUAUCGGAGACUUGGCAAGCCUCGCGCUGGCUCGACGAACUCAAUCCAGAACUAUUGACGCAGGUCAUAUACCAAGACCACCGACCCUACUUCAUCUACGAACCAGCUCUCUUGCAAAAUGGCGAGGCGUGCAUUCCUGUGCGGUGGUUUACCCGUGCCGACAAGGUGUUCGCCAAGGCAUGGCCUCUUGUUCAAUCCUCAGAUAAUCAGUCAUGGGUUGUACAGAAGCAUGGUGAGAAGGUCAUAGAGGCGUCUCGCCUGAUGAUGCCAUUCGAUCGUCUCGCUAUGGAGCAGGGUCAUGUUAGACGUGGCCUGCCGUCUCCGUGUAGACUCCUUGUACAAGAGCUAGUUCAGGGGCCAGUUCAGCCUUGGACACUCACCGAUCCAGCGAAAGGCAAUAAAUGGCGCGAACGAGCGGGUGGUCGCAAGGUCGUGGCCUUUCCCAUUUGGCUGUACUGUGACGAUACGUCCGGUAACAUGUCCAAAAAGUGGAACAAACACAAUUCUUUUCUCUUCACCGCGGCCGGUCUACCACGCCACAUCGUACAGAAGGAGUCCAGUGUCCACUUCCUCUCCACUUCGAACAAAGCCCCCCCUUUGGAGAUGCUUGAAGGGAUAGUUGAACAGUUGAAGUCGUGUCAGGAAAACGGCAUAUGGGCUUACGAUGCCGUCGACAAGCAGAUGGUUUUGGUCAUUCCGUCUGUUCUCGCUGUUCUAGGAGACAAUCCUAUGCAGAGCGAGUUCUGUUGCCAUCGAGGCUUGGCGGCGAACUACUUUUGUCGAGUGUGCUGGGUACAUAAGGGUGUUGACGACGAGGAUGACGCGUCUGGACCGGCAGAUGAUGAUGCAGCGACUUCGGUGACCGGAGUUACUGCAGCAACGGCGAAGAAGCGCAAGAAGAAGAAGAAGAAGCGGCCGCUCGAGACGCUCGAGCAGAUGAAGGAUCGCCUCUCACAGUUCAUGAAGCCAGGGGAACGUGCGCGCUCGCGAAGCGAGAGUAUGCAUCAGUUCGACUAUCAGUUUCAGCUUGCGAAGACCCCCUGGCGUAAGGAUGCACUCAAACUACAACGUCUCAAGACAGGUCUUCGCGACCCUCAUCAAGAUGUCUACCUUGAACAGAUCCAGGCUGCCGCGGGUGCACGCGGAAAGUCUCAGGCGGAAAAGGAGGCUCGCGUCGCAGAUCUUCUUUCUCGGCUACCACGACCAGAGGACAUGAGCAGCCCCAUCUGGAAGAUCGAUGAGCUCGACCCGCACCAGGAUACACCAGUCGAAAUCUUGCACGUCAUCCUACUCGGCUUUGUCAAGUAUUACUGGCGUGACGCGAUGGCCAGGCUCAAGGACUCGGAGAAGGCCAUUGUGGCUGACCGUCUAUCCUCUUUCGACACGCGCGGUCUGGGUCUUCCCCCGCUUCCCGGUCCGACUGUGGUUAACUUGAGUGGCUCUCUUGUCGGUCGCGACUUUCGUGGGCUAGUGCAAGCAGCACCGUUUGUUCUCUACGGCUUCGAGAGUCUCGGGAAGGACAUCUUAGACGCAUGGAUCUCCUUGUCGUUGCUCGUGUCUCUUGUAUGGCAACCAGAGAUCAAAAACAUCGAUACGUAUACGGCUAAUCUGGAGUCCGCAAUCGAGUACUUUCUGACGUGCGCCUGCAAGUCAAGCCCUCGGUGGUUCAAUAAGCCCAAGUUCCACAUCCUGACCCACCUUCCUGCGCAUGUACGACGCUUCGGGCCAGCCAUGCUAUUCGCUACCGAAGGCUUCGAGUCUUUCAACGCCGUGAUCCGCUCGCACAGUGUGCACAGCAAUCGACAAGCCCCAUCGCGGGAUAUCGCACGCUCUCUCGCAUCGAGCAAUCGUGUCCGCCAUCUCGCUAGCGGCGGUUACUUCAUCGUGCCUUCCCUUGCGGCGUGCGAGUCUGCACAUAAAGUGCGCGCAUCGUCUGAACGGGUAGAAAUGCUGGACGGACUGUCGCCCUGGCAGCUCAAGGUGAACUCCGAUACGCUGGGAGACUUGCGGUGGACCACGGUUGGCAAGCAACCACGGGCUCUUCUGCAAGCUCACGCGUUCUCGACGAAGUUCCUAGGCCACGGAAUCGAAACCGGGCAGGCUGUACACUCGGGAUUGGACUCGGCGCCUGUCUGUGAGGGUCAGGCCGCUCGCAAACCUCUCUCGCAAACCCGAUCCUUUGAGGCAUGUGGUGAAGCCAGUGUAAGAGGCUGCGGAUUCGACUCCGCGGCUCCCGUCGUCAUCUCUCGGGAAGCCUUGCGCUUCGUAGACGGGACCAAAAAAGAGCUCUGCCGCACAGGUGACUGGGUGGCGUUGGGCGCAAGCCGUAAUUCGUCACGCAUGCGGGUCGCUCGUGUACAGGAGAUCGUGCAGAUCCCUGAUAGCCACGCAGAGCGCGUUAAACAAGCCAAUUUCGUUCUGGUACAAGAAGCAGACCUCUCGAAUGCACUGCAUUCUUACUAUAAGAUGCGGCGAGUCACUCCGAGCCAACGGUUUGACCUGGUCAGUCCAUCGGCCAUAGUAUGUACUCUCAACGUUCAGCACAACUGUGCUGAUAAUCGUUGUGAUCUCUCCAACACUCGUGAGGAGCAUCACGAGCGAGAGGCGGCUGGCACGUUCAAAGCCGCUAUUCGCCAUUUUCAUACCGACGACCUCAUUUUGAAUGCGGCACAGAUGCGCAAUGCAUACCGUGUCGCUGAACUUCGAGUUGAUGGCCCUUCACUUGACCGAGUCGCCGCCACAACGCCCGCCAUCGAGCGCGAGUUCGUGGCUCAGCGCAAGCGCAAGGCCGCCGCCAAAGCCGCCAAAGCCGCCGCAUCUGCCCCUGCAGCUGCACAACCUGCUACGGAAUCGACUGAAACUGGAGAUACAACACGGGAGACGGAUCUGGCAACUCAACUGCCUCCCCCGCCGGACAUGCCGCCGCCACAGCCGCCACAGCUUUUCCCGUUCUCUCAAGCACAGAUGCCUUACGCGCAAACUCAGCCAGGCUUGGGGUAUGGUACUACUAUACCUUUGGAAUCGCAAAUGCAGUGGCACCCGGGUCUGCUGCCCCAGGCUGCGCCGCCGAAUCACGCUCAAGGGUACCCAAGCCUCGUCCAAGAACCGCCGGGUGUUCAACAUGCUCACAUACGGCCGGGCCACAGACAGAACGGACAGGACCUUCAUCAAUACACCGGAUACUGGCCACAGAUGCAUCCUCCUCCAUUCGUACAAGGCUCCUCAGGCCAGCAGAUCUCGGCGCGGGGUUGGCCACCAUCUCGACAACCGGGCUGGCGCGGGAUACACGACGGGUUCUGA